AUGUUAUUCAAAUCAAUUAUUUCAUUAUCAAAUAAAUCAUCAAACGUAACAUCAUCAAAAUCAUUAUUAUUAUCAAAUGAUUCUAAUUUAAAUCCAUUUGAUUUAACAUGUAAUACUGUUUCAAAUAAGAGUUCAACAACUUUCUUUACAAGACCAAACUUUGUAAACUAUUAA